AUGACACGUUAUUAUAAUUUGGGUAUAUACGCUGCGGCGUUGUUACUUGCCCACCUGUGUUAUCCAGCUCAAUCGGAAAUUGAGCUCAAAGGAUCUAAUGUUUGUACCAGAUUAGAACUGUAUAAUGUGACGGUUAAUGUGACUGAAAUGAAACCAUACCAAGUACGAGAGUCCUAUUUUUGUUUUACAGACUUCAAACUAAAAUGUUCCCGAUACCGAAUUGUAAUGAAAUCAAUUGUUUCGCAGCAGGUCUUAGAAAAAAAAAAGCCUAUUGAAGAAUGCUGUGAAGGAUUUGUUAUAUCACCAAAUAAAACAAAUUGCAUUCCAGUUUGUCAGAACAACUGUGAACAUGGUACUUGCAUUUUUCCAAAUAUUUGUAAAUGCGAUGACAACUAUGGAGGACCUUAUUGCAAUAAAACAUGUCCAUCUGGAAAAUUUGGCGAGUUCUGCACAGAAAAAUGUCAGUGUGAAAAUGGAUCACCGUGUGAUCCAUAUGACGGUCAGUGCAAAUGCUUAGCAGGUUGGACGGGAGUAGACUGUUCAGAGAAAUGUUCGCCCCAUAACUUUGGCAUCAACUGUGUUGAAGAAUGUCCUUGUAAAAACGGUGCUAUUUGUGAUCCAGUCACCGGAAAGUGUGACUGCCCCCCGGGAUUUAGAGGUCCACUGUGUGAUCAGAGAUGUCCAUCAGGUCGUCACGGAGAUGAGUGCCAAAGCGAAUGCAAAUGUCAGAAUGCAGGUAGUUGUGAUCCACAAACUGGUCAUUGUUUGUGUUCCUCUGGAUGGACGGGAAUGGUGUGUGGAGAAAAAUGUGAGCCUGGUAAAUGGGGAGUUAACUGCAGUAAGUCAUGUGAUUGUUUCAAUGAAGGUUAUUGCCAUCAUAUUACUGGACAAUGUCAAUGUAUGCCUGGAUAUUAUGGAGAAAAAUGCAAAGAUAUCUGUCCGGAAGGAAUGUAUGGUCCAAAUUGUUUGAACAAUUGUACUUGUCCAGAAAACUCCUAUUGUGAACCAAAAAAUGGAAAAUGCAUAUGUGAAAAAGGAUGGAAAGGUGAUAAAUGUUCCAAACGAAUAUGUCCAGAUAAUCUUUAUGGAGAAAGAUGUGACAAAGUAUGUCAAUGCGUUGAUGGAAAUACCAAUUCGUGUCAUCCGUGGAAAGGAACCUGUGAGUGCGUAGCUGGUUGGGAUGGUCCGACGUGCUCUAGAACAUGUCCCUUGUAUACUUAUGGCGAAAAGUGUCGAAGAAAAUGCGAUUGUCACAACAACGCACAAUGUUUGGCUAAUAACGGCACAUGCAUAUGUGGUCCUGGUUAUCGUGGAUUAUCAUGUAACGUAACCUGUCCUGAAGGUACAUACGGCGAGAACUGUAACAACCAGUGCCAAUGCAACAAUGGAGCCAAGUGUUCUCCUGAAUCUGGUAUGUGUUUAUGUCCUCCCGGGUGGAGAGGACAGCAAUGUGAUUUGCCGUGUGAAAAAUCAUUUUACGGUGAAAAUUGUAAAAACGAAUGUCAAUGUAAAAACGAUGCAGCGUGUAGUCCCAUCGACGGGACCUGCACUUGCCAACCGGGUUUUACUGGUGAUAACUGCAACUCGGUUUGUCCGCCCGAGACUUAUGGCAGAGACUGUAAGCAGACUUGCGAGUGCAACUGGGAAAACACGGCGUCGUGCAACCCGGUGACUGGUGAAUGCAAAUGCAUCGAAGGCUGGAACGGUGUACAAUGCGAGACGCUCUGCCCGCGCGGCACUUACGGUGAGGAUUGUCAGAACGAGUGCGAUUGCCACAACGACAGUUCGUGCGACCAGAAGACGGCCAAGUGUACUUGCACUCGUGGCUGGGAAGGGCUUAAGUGUGAUCUACCGUGCAAGCCGAGCAAGUAUGGUUUCGGGUGCAAAGAGGAGUGUCCGGAAAGACAUUCCGAUGAUAACUUGUCGUGCGACCACGUGACCGGAAAGUUUGAAUGCCGACCCGGUUACAUCGGACCGAUAUGCCAGCACACUUGUCCAUCCAAUUCAUACGGACAGGGAUGUCUGAAGAAGUGUGACUGCGAAUACGGAGAUUGCCAUCACGUCACCGGUGCUUGCCACUGUUAUCCGGGCUAUACUGGUUCCAACUGCAAGAAAAAAUGUCCGAUUGGCAAAUACGGUAUCAAUUGUGGGCUCUCAUGUAAAUGUCAAAACGGUGGUUCUUGCCGUGCCAUUGAUGGAGUUUGCCACUGUAAACCAGGAUUCACAGGCCCAACGUGUUCCGAAGUUUGUCCUGAUCAAUAUUAUGGCGAUCACUGCAUGGCUACGUGCGACUGUCCUAGUGAAAAAUUUAUCUGCCAUGCAGUCGACGGUUGUGUAUGCAGACACGGUUAUACAGGUGAGAACUGUGAUGAGCCAUUAACUGACCGACGAGUUGGUACAUUAGAUACUGAAAAGAGCUCUUCAGGUGCUUUAGCUGGAAUGUUUGUUGCUAUUUUGGUAAUAGCUGCAUUUAUUAUGUUGUUCUUAUACUACCGCAAUCGUGUUGCCGGUCUCAAAAAUGUCAUACAUGCACAUGUCCAAUAUGGAGCCGAUCCACUUACCUUAAAUCAAGAUCGAUUUCAUUUUGACAAUCCUGUAUAUUCUUUUGGACAGACUAGCACAACAGUAGGAAUGGUUAGUGAACACCAAACAUUGAACAACUGUCAAAUUAAAAACAAUUUGUGUAAGCCUAAUAAUUUGGUGAAAGCUGGUUGCUCAUCAUCAUUGAUGGACGACAGUGAUAGUUAUGGUAUGCCAUCAACUAGCGCUUCGUCUUUCAAAAAUAUGGAAGCUGAUUUAAACAACCCUAACAUCUAUCACAGUUUAGAUGAUUUAAAAUCAGAAAAUCUGUAUGAUGAGAUUGAAGACAAAAAAUUAGCAGCAGCAGAACAAGAAUACGACCAUUUGGACUAUCAGCGACCUAACGGUACAUGGAAGCCUCAUUACCAACGGAUGUCGACAAGUUUAAAGGCUGAAAGCAAAAAGAAUUUAAAUGUUGAAUAA